AUGAUGCUACCACAUGACCUGCACCAAUACUGUGGAGAAAAUGAGGGACCUGAAAUCCUACCAAGAACCUUUGAUUCAAAUGAGAUACUAAUUCCACUUCAAAUUCCUUCUUGUCCAACUGUCUCACAAGACAGAUAGAAAGAAUUCGGGAAAUUCCUUCAUUGCUGCAAUCUUCCCUGGAGAGCAGAAGGGGAGCAUGGAGAAAUUGUACUACCUGUACUGCCAGAAGACAAGAGAACAAAGACAAAGAACCCAUGUACAUUUAUAAAAGUGCGGGACAUGCAAAUGAAUGUGGGUCACUUCAGACCACUGUGCCUGCCAUUUCCCCCCUCUCAGCCCUACCCUGCACAUAUUUCUAGGUACACCAUGUUCCCAAACUUCAGAUGAGACAUUGAGGAUCGAGACACUGGGAUCAGUCAUCAGCCUUCUCAUACCAAUAUUUCUAGCAAGGCUUUUGACAUGGUUGUUCUGAGGAAGACCAGAGGUAAUAUGUUCAGGCAUGAAGCUGCCAGUAUUCUCUCUGACUCCCUGAAGAAGGCUGUGCACUGGCCAGCACACUCAUACUUCCAAGGUCAUAAGUAUUAUUCAAAUCCACCAAAGAUAGUGGCCCCCAACUCCAUUUUUAAACAGCUAGAAUAAAAUCUGUCUCAAAGAACAACCAAUAUGUUAUAAAACACUGUAAGGGCUCUGGAAAUCACAAUAUAGGGUCAGGACUUCACAGGAAGAGGUCCAGCCCUUAUCCUGGAUAGCUACCACAUGAAAGCAUUUUGCAUAUUAAUUGGAGAACUAGGUGAAGACAUGGAACGAGUAAAUACUGCAUUUACUAAGAAUCUUGUGCUUCCACCACAAGUAAUAGUGGCAAGAGUAUUAUCAGAUUGA